AUGCAACAGGAGCAUGCAACACACAACAUGCAACAAGCAACAUGCAGCAUGCAACACGCAACAUUCAACAUGCAGCAUGCAAUAUACAACAUACAAUAUGCAAAACUCAACUCACACAUAUUAUUUGCUUAUUUUAGGUUUGCGAAAAAUGAGAAGAAACACGUAUGCUUUAAAGGAAACGCAGAAUCCAAUGACGAAUGGUUUGAUGUAGAUGUGAGCCUUGAGGAAGACGUAUUUGAGGAAUGGUUUGAUGCAUGUGACGAGUUUAGAUCGGAUAAGAGCCUUGAGGAUGACGUAUUUGAGGAAUGGUUUGAUGCAUGUGACGAGCAUAGAGAUGUUGACCGUGAGGAAGAAGUGUUCGAGGACUGUGUCGAAGACAUAGAAAAGUCACGUAAUGCAAAUGUAGAUGAGACGGGUUUGUUUGUGGUUUCUGAUGACAUUUCYAGCGAAGAUGAAAGUGAGGACGUACUUAUUGCGUUUGCCGACUUCAGUUUGGAGCAAACGAAAGAGUUAAUGGAAAAUACAGGAUUCGUUUUGACCUUGCCUGAGAAGAACAACGGAAAUCAGCCGAGCAAACAAGAAACAAAGAGAAGAAACAAAGAGAAGAAACAACUAGCUAAAGAGCCUGGCUUGGUAUUCACAUUUGACAUGGACGACACAAAUGACGAGACGGUACUGUUUGGUAAUUUUUCAUUGGAAGAAACCGAAACCAUAUUAGAAGAUACAAAACCAUCAGAAACYGUGUCAAACCAGGAAGAAAAUUCCAACAUUGAGAAAGAAAUGGAAGAACGAAAAGAGGAAAGCGAAAAACAAGAGAAAGAAUCACGAGUCAACGUUUUCAAAACGGAUUGCGACAUAACUGGCUGUACGAACAAGAUUCCUUCGUGCAGAGAGUUGAAGAAGUGGGAAGCCAAUGAGGAUGAUGACAAAGCCUACGAACUACAAUGUCUCGUGAAGGACGAUGAAGACGACUUAUUGAAGGAACAAACCAUCCUGUCUGCAGAAGAAAUGUACAAGUUAAACCCUAAUGUACAAUCGACCUUCCUAGAAGACCUAAGCCAAUAUACUACGAAACUUGACAUGACAUCAUUAACAAAAGAGCAAAUAGAGUGUGCUGAAAAGAUGGCUAAUGAAAUCAUGAAAGAAAACAAACAGAGGAAAAACAAGCAGAGGAGAAAAAACUUCAAACAGAAAAAUAGMAAAUACUGAGGACCCAGAGUGACAAGGGCGGGCGGGUGGCGACGCGCUCUGGGACCAAUCAACGAUGAGUUACGUAAAGUGAAUGAUCACGUGGAGGAUUACGUCACCUGUCAUGUGGUCAAUGACUUCCUUAAUGCAAAUUUACAAUAACUGAAAUGAACCUUUAAACAAAAAUGUACAAUAUUAGAAACUAUAUAUGGACUGAUUGUCUGUGAGGACCCAGAGCGAUAAGGGCGGGUGGGUGGCAAAUUACUUUGGAUCUAGAUAUUUAAACAUGUGACAUAGAGAGAGUGGUCACGUGAAGGAGUAUUGUAUCACGUGGUCAAUUUUAAUUUAAAAACGGCACAACGAUCGAAAUGAGUGGAACGAAUGUUUACGUGAAGGAGUAUUACGUCACAUGUCACGUGCUCAAUGACAGCCUUAUGAAAUGUACGAUAAUUGAAAUGAAUUAAUGUAACUAGUAGUCUGGGAGGACCCAGGGUGAUAAGGGCGGGAGGGUGGCUUACGUACCGCUUUGGGUCCAAAUAUUAAGCGCCAACUCCCGCUGAUCCUAUGGUCAUGACGUGGUCUAUGACAGAGCACAAUACUGGUAUACUUCAAUAAAACCUGUAAUUUACUUGGAAAGAUGAAAAUACAAUAUUUUGUUUUCAAAAA